CGAUUUACUACUUCUAGUGCUACCACUAUUACUAUAUUGACGGGAUGAACGUUCCAGCUCACCUCACAAACAUAAACACACACACACAUAUUCAUAAGCAGCAAUUUGUUUAGUCGAUUUCUCCACAGUGGCUUCUUUCGAGAACUGUAAACGAGCUCAAUCUGGUGGAUGGAUCUACUAAAUUAUCCUUAUUUACAUUUUCGUAAACAAAAAAAAAACAAAAAUGCCAUCAAAUGCAGUAGCCGUUCCGAUGUAUGCAGAUUGUUUAAGGGCACUUUCAAACAACUACUUAGAUUGUAUCAUCACGUACAAUAAUUUUGAUUGAACGAAGAAAACUUUCGUAAACUCUAUCUGUUAGUAGUUAAAUAUAGAAAAUAACGGCCGGAAGUGUACGUUUUUGUAACAUGGUUUGCAUUCACUACUGGUAAUCAUUUCACCACAAAACUGAUGGAGUGUAUGUUAGACUAAAAUACUAAAGAUGCAUUUAUUUCUUUCUAUGUUUUCUCCAAUACAUAAUCAUAUUGCAAAUGUAUAAGUGUACGGACAGGAAAAGUAAUUUUUAGUGAAUAAACGUAUUUUGAAACCGACAAUUAUGUGUUUGCUAUAACACAAAUCAAAGUGAAAAAGUUUCGAUAAUCGGUUUCGUGUUUUUCAUUAUUUGAUGAUUAAUCCACCGGGACAACCGAACGGCAACUACUGUCUGUUAAACUUUACUGAGGCAGAAAUAACGUCUGUAAAUGAUCAGUUUUGGCUUGGAAAAGUGACACUGGUAAGCUAUCAAUAAUCAGGAAUAACUCAGGAAAGCAAAAUGUCGGACACAGAGGUCGUUGAACCGAAAAAAGGUCGAGGCCGCCCAAGCAAUCCCGAGAAGAACAGCGUCGCUCCCAAAAAGCGAGCACGCGCUGCUUCACCAAAGGAUAAAGCAGAGGAAAAGGACAAGGCACUUGCCUCGGACGAGGAGCCAUCGGCAAAGCGUGGUCGGGGUAGACCGAAGGGCACCGCGAAAAAAGCGCCAAAGGCUAAAAAACCAGAUACCAAAAAAGGCCGCGGAAGAGGUAAAAAGAAGCCGGCCAAGGACGAGUCCAGCGAAGAGGAGGAGGAUGACGAAGACGAAGAGGAAAACGAUAGCGAGGAGAAUGAUGAGUCCGAUUCCUAAACAUGUUUUUUUCCCCAAUUCAUUUUUUUUUAGCCACCGCAGAUUCAGUACGAAUUUUGUAUCAACAGAAGAAAACAUAAUUUGCAUGAGCAAAGAAUACACUCAAUCUAAACUUACACAUCGUACAGUGCUUGACAUGGUCAACCAAACAUUUAUAUAUUCGAUGUGACUCAAUCUAAAUAAUGUACCGUGAAUUUAUCGAAAAACAAAGACAUCAUGAGACAAACAUUUUAAAAAAUAUACCCCUUCGGCACUAGUAGUGAAAUAAAAUCAGAUGAGUUACGGAAAAAA